AUGAUUUCUUCAAAUAUGAAGGCGGUAAAUAUUCAAGUCAUAAGAGCAGGAAAUAAAAAGGGUGAUCCUGUUGUGACUGACAUUUGUGCCUUACAAUAUUUACCGGAAGGUAAAAUCAAAUACAAACUCAGUUUCGAACACGCUUUUGCUUUGAAAGUACAAGACACCCUUCAGACUGAUUGGUCUUCAUACAACCUGUCUAUCGGGAACGCAGGUGAUGUAAUUUCCGCCAUUUCCUUACUAUCUGUUGAGGAGAUUAGUAAGAUACGGAACCUGCCAACAGUGGAGGCUGUGUCAGAGCGGGACGAUCCCUGGAUGGCCGGAUGGGUGCUGGGUAUCUAUAGAUUAAUCAGGACGACCAUUCAGAAUUACAAAACGUCCAUCGUUGAACGGAUCACGACUCAGCUCAAGGCGAUUGACCAGGGUGCUGCGGAGUCUGUAGACGUAGUCGACCAGUAUAUGGGUUGGGUCAACCAUAGGAAUUACAAUAUGCUUGUCGCAGCCUAUGACAUGUUUUUUACUCGUUUCCCUUUCCACACUUUCGCGAGUCUCCGUAUUGGUACCACCGGUACUAGAUUCCGGGACUGUGCAGGACUUAUGUCCUACGGCUAUGUUCUGGAUGUAUUAGGCAUGUCCAAGGCAACUGAUCUGAUGGAUUGGGUAUUUAUAGAGGGAGUGGGAAACGAUAUUAACGAUAAUUAUUAA